GAGAAAGUCGUCUGGUUCAGAAGACCCCAGUAUCAGAAAGUGUAAAAUCACCAGUUACUGUAGGACACAAACUCCAGGUCGACUGCUAAACCCAGAGGAUCACUUCUCUAGCAAGAAAUGUCUUGCCUGGUUUUACGAAUAUGCAGGGCUCGACAUUAACGCUUGUCCAGGACAAGUGGAUUUUUGAAGGGGCAAGUGAAAGAGAAUUUUUCUUGCCCGACCGGACAAGCAGACGGAUUAUAACAACCGGCUAUAUUUGUGGCCUGUGUCACUUAUUAGAAAGUUCAUAUUCUUAUUCUGCUGUUGAAAGUAAUCCAGAGCACGUAAUUUUAUAAUUCGCUAGUGAUCUAGUAACAGCUGCGCCCUGUUUGAUUGACAGGCGGCGUAUGUAUGUGUGCUGAACAUGCGCGUGUGUUCCGAAAGUGCUCACGCUCACCUGCGCACCUGAACGGUCAAAUUCGUUCCGCCCGUCUUGGUGAGGUAUUCAUAUAAACACAAAGAGUGAUGUCUAAAGUGAACGUAAACAGCGGAGAGAAAAAAAUGGAUUUGUAUUAAAAUGUUGUACUUGUAAAUGUAAGCAGACCUGUUACUGUCUAGUGUCUCAUUAUAAUAAUCAAACAACCAUAACAAGAAAACGAGAAAACACUCACUGCUCUUGACUGGGUAACUUUAGUAGCUUUAAAAAGUAUUAAUGUAUUAUAAUCAUACAGUGAAGAUCAGUAGUAGUUUUAUGUUGCAUUUCAUUCUGAAUGUUUACUUGAAUGCUUGAUAGCCUACUGCUGUUAAAAGCUUUUAAAGCUGUUUUAAAAAAAGCACAAUUUUCUUAAUUUGUAUUUUUUGUUCUAUUAUUUUUAAUCUAUUUAUUGCUGAUUUUUGUUAUUUUAUUACUGACUGUUUACUAGUCUUUAAUAAUUACUUAAGAACUUGAAACCAUUCUUCCAUAAUUAACAUAUUAGUUAGUGUUAUUGUUUGUUGUGGUUUUGAAGCUGGUAUUGAGAAUAGUCAAAUUUCACUACAGACUCAUGACAUUUUGGUAUUGUGGUAAUGUAUAGCCUUUAUUGUACAUGGUAGAUCUUGCUGCAAUAACAUGAUGAAAAAGUAGAUCUCAUUCCAUAGAAGUAUGAGCACCCCUGCUGUAAAUGAUGGUGAUGGAGGCUUUUCUUUAUUUGACCUACCCUACGUGACAUAAAAUAAUUACCAUAUGACAAAAGCCUCCUCGCCUACCCAGUGCAGUUUACAUUUCUGUAGCAGAGAAUUGAGUUGAUUGCAUAGGUACACUAUUAGGUUGGGCAUCGGUCAUAAUUUUAGAAAAAUAUACAACAUAAACUUUGACAUGUUACUUGAGCAUGUAACAUAAAUGUCUUUUUUUUUUUUCUCCGGACAAGUAACUUUUUUUACUCGGACGAGUGAAUGACCAGUUUACUUGUCCAGAGGACAAGCACAUGACAAUGCUCAAUGUCGAGCCUUGUCUUAACACACAAAUUAUUGUAUUGUUGUUGUACAUGUUGAAUGCAUCAUUCAAACAUUCACAGUGUAGGUUGGAAAAAGUAUGUGAAUCCCAAGGCUAAUGAUGUCAACAAAAGCUAAAUACAGUCAGGAGUUGGCAAACCUGGCAUCCAAUUAAUGAAACGAGAUUGGAGGUGUGUGUUAGAGAUAUUUUGAAUUAUAAAAAUUACUCAAACAUUUUGAGUUUGCUAUUCACAAGAAGCAUCUGUGACGUGGACCAUGCCUUGCAAAAAAGUUAUCUCAGAAGACCUACGAUCAAGAAUUGGUUGCUGGAAAGGUUUCUAAAGUUAUCUCGAAGAGCUUAGAUAUUCAUCUGUCAACAUAUUGUAUAUAAAUGGAGACGAUUUAGUACUGUGGCUACUCUCCCUAGAAGUGGCCAUCCAGUCAAGAUGGCUCAAAGGCACACGGCAGAAUGCUCAAUGAGAUAAAAAAUAACCCUAGAGUGACAGCUUCAGACUUGAAGGAAUCAUAGAAACUGUUAACAUCUCUGUUCAUGAGUCUACUAUGUGGAAAACAUUAAACAGGCAUGGUGUUCAUGGCAGGACACCAUGAAGGAAGCCGCUGCUUUCCAACAAAAACAUUUCUGCGUGCCUGAAGUUUGUAAAAGACCACCUUGACAACCCCAAGAUUGGUGAUGUCAGCCAAAAAGGACAUUUGUUUCAGAGGCAGAGCAAGUUAUUACAUUUUAAUGAAUGGUUACGAAGACUAAAAAAUUUUACCUUGUGAUAACAUGAUGUUGUCUUUAAGAUUUGCGACAGUAUAUUGCAUGGAGAUUUAUAUUUCCCAGACAUUUAAAGUGUGAUUUAAAUGUGUACAGGGUCAGAUGAUGUCGUUGGACCAGAGAGCAUGGAGAAGUUUUGUGAGGACAUCGGCGUGGAGCCAGAAAAUAUUGUAAUGUUAGUGUUAGCCUGGAAACUUGAAGCAAUAAAUAUGGGAUUUUUCACUAAAGAAGAAUGGAUAAAGGGAAUGACCUCUCUACAAUGUGACUGCACAGAGAGGUUACAAGGCAAAUUGGAUUAUUUGCGCUCUCAACUGAAUGACCCGGUUAUAUUUAAGAGCAUUUACAGAUAUGCCUUUGACUUUGCCAGGGAUAAAGAUCAGCGCAGUCUUGAUAUGGACACGGCAAAAUCCAUGUUGGCGCUGCUCCUUGGACGGACGUGGUCCCUGUUCCCUGUCUUUCAUCAAUUUCUGGAGCAAUCAAAGUAUAAAGUAAUGAACAAGGAUCAGUGGUACAACGUCUUAGAAUUUAGCCGCACAGUUAACGCAGACCUCAGCAAUUACGAUGAAGAUGGAGCCUGGCCAGUGAUGCUGGAUGAGUUUGUGGAAUGGCAUAAGGUCAAAAUUGCAUUAUAGCACAACCAGACGAUGAAUUAAAGACCCACGGACAAGUUUGAAGCACAUCAACACUUUUUUGUUUUUUUUUUCUCUCGGUGUGCCCCAACGUGUCCAAAUGCAAAUCAUCACUACCCACAGACUCUUACAGUGUUACUUUAAAAAGGAAAAAGCACAGAAAAAAAUCACAAACCAAACAAAAGUGGAAAUAUUUUUUUAUAUGUAUUUGUUGUUAUAUUUGGCAGUGUUGUAUGAUUUUUCCGAGAGCAAGAUGGGCUGUUUGUAAUUUUUGGUCGCUUUCAUUUUUUUUUUUUUCUUCUCAAGUUUUACUUUGUUUAUAGUGUUUUGAAAAGGAAAUAAAGCAGUUGUAUGUAAAUUGAUAUUUCUUCUGGACAUUGGUGGCUUACCAUAGCAUUAAAUUAAGCUUAAAGGUGUACUCAGUAACUUUGUCAUCUUGAACUUUCACUGACACCUAGCAGCUUGGAUGCAGCAUCAUUUAAAAUCAAUAGUUUUCAGUUUCAGAUGCCAUUGUAGAAAUUUAGUAUUCACAGUCAGCCAUGAUUACUUUAAUCAAUGAGUGAAAGUGUCAAAUAACAGGACAGUUACUGAGAUUAAGCGAGUAGUAUUCGGCUGGUCAUGUGAUUCUAACAUGGCAGCCCCCAUGUGUGGACCCUCUCCAUGUAGAAUAAAACAGCUUUUAUAAGGUUACUAAUAUGACUGGAGUCUUCAUUUUAAUGUGAGUGGUCAUGGUUACCUACAUAUAUUGCAAAAUUACUAUUCAUGUCUUUAGG